UAUAAAAAUAUAAACAGUUUCGGGUUAAGUUAUAAUUAAUACUUUUAAAGAGAGUUUGUUUGAAUAUCAGGACAAAAAAAAAUUUAUGAUUCAUAAAAAAAUGUACUUAACCAACACUUAAGUGCUUAGGCAACACUGAAAUUGUAACGAAGCUGUGUAGUUGUUGUAAAUAAAUGAGAAAUUGAUUGUUAUCUGCUCUGCUAUUCGCGGUACACAAAGAUUUAUAAACAAAUCCACCGACCAGCAAAUAUUUACUUUUAUGUUAUAGAAAAUGUUUUCUUAUAAAUUGCCUCAAGGAGGGUUAAACAGCUUAACGAUUUUUAAUGACGCCGGAGAUAUUAGGUUUGAUCCUCCUGUAUAUGAAUUGCGCUACACAACAACAGUGCGCAUUUUGGAAGACCCACGAUGGGGCCUGAAAUUCAAAAAAGUAGUAGAGUUUGGAUGCGCGGAUAUGCGGUUCUUACCAUUAUUGCGUCGCACUGCAGGCGUUGAGCACAUUCUAGAGGUUGAUAUAGAUGAGGAUAUUUUAAGAAGCAAUAAACAAAAAGCUGAACCUCUGAUAACAGAUUAUUUACAACGACGCGAAACUCCUUUGCGUAUUGAAGUUUUAAAGGGCAGCAUCGAUGCAUCCGUUCAGCAGCUGAUAAAUGCAGACGCAGUUGUUGCCUUGGAAAUAAUUGAACAUUUAUACCCCAAAACAAUGGAAAGUGUACCGAAAAAUAUUUUCGGCUUUAUUCAACCGAAAAUUGCAAUAUUCACCACACCAAAUUCAGAUUUCAAUGUACUUUUUAAUUUAUUGCCAAAUGGUUUCCGACACGAUGAUCACAAAUUCGAAUGGUCCCGAGCCGAAUUCAAAGAGUGGGCCUUAAAUAUCUGCAAGGAAUAUCCAAAUUAUAGAGUUGCAUUUCUGGGUGUCGGCAAAGCGCCACCGGACAAAAAAAAAAUUGGCCAUGUCAGUCAAAUUGCCAUUUUCGCACGCUGUGAUAUACUUCAUAUUCCUUUAGCGGAGGCACUACACGCUACCGAUGCCUCGAUUGACUGCAAUCCCGAUCCAGACGUUCAAUAUAAGGAAAUAUUUGCUGUUGAUUUUCCCGUUAAUAUUGAUGAGCGUAGUAAAGAGGAAAAAAUUUUACACGAGGCACGGUAUCAAAUGGACCGUUGUCGGCGUAUCGAAAGAUAUUUCAAUCGGGAUUUACGUAUGUAUCAAGUACCACUCACAGUACUGGAGGACUAUAUUAAAUACUUAAAUGCCACAAUGGAAGAAUUAAUUGCUGUUCUAAAAGCAAAUAAUAUUGAAGUAAGCGAAGAUUGCAUCUUAUUACCGGAGUAUGAUGAAGAUGAUUUAAGUUAUCGUCAAUACGAUGAUUAUUACGAUGAUAGUUGUGGGUAUUUUGGCGGUGAGGUUGAGAAUGACGAUGAAUUGGGCGCAUGCGGUGGACGUUCUUAUGCCAAAGAUGACGUCACUUACGAUUCUGAGGAAAAUUGGGAUUAAAUAAAAGCGAGCUGGGAGUAAAGUUCCACUAUGCACGCAUAUGUGUGUGUGUUACAAACGUUGGUAAUGAACGCUUUCGCAUGGAAAUACAUACAUUUAGUAUGAUUUUUCGAAAUAAAGUGAAUUUAUGCAUUUAUAACGUUGAUUAAAAUCUUUGGGAAAAAUCU